GCAAAAUCACACACCAUCCUCCAAGCGGAGAGAUCCUCCAACGUGGAGGGGGCCGGAGACAGAGGACAGAGUGGCAAAAGCACAGGAAAGCCCUUAAGCCGACUUGAUUGACCAUCGUGAGUCGCUCAGGGCAGUUCUUCUGCAGGUCGGUGAGCCGAGGAUGGUGGACCCAACCAUUCGUGCUCUGCUGGGGAUUCCGGUUGCAUCCCUCCCGAUGGACUAAAUUGGUUCAAUCCCGAUGGUCCAAGCAGGAAAGACUCUUUUCAUGCCCACAAACUCUCUAGGAGCCGCAACUCUGGUGCCCACUGGGUGUGUUUGCUAAGCAACAACUGUGGGCGUGACAAUUGUGGGUGGAAGGAGUCUGAGCCCCGCCCCGGAGGACUCGGGUAUUUCAGGACCUUGAUCUUUAAGACUUGCCCCGCCUCAUCCUGAGGGGGCAGAGCAACGAGGGCAGCUGUCACCUCCUUCGCACCGCACCGCCGGCUCUCACGUGUGUUCGGCUGCCUAAUAACAGCUCUUCUUCCGAGACUUCCUGGUCACAGCGACCAAUCAGAGUGUUCUUCCUGUCCUGACCAUUGUCAGCCGGCUGCCAAUCGCGCGCCUCUACCAACGCCCCUUAAAGGCGCCGCCAACGCCGCCCGAGUCGGGGCGAAUCAGUUCCUCGGUUCGUGCCCCGAACUGCGGCAUGGAGUCGUCCCGGGGGCGGCCUGGGCCCGAGGCGGACCUUCUGGCUCUGGGGGAACAGCAAGCCGCGAUCUUCGGCGGCGGGCUGGGCCGAGCACCCUCUGCGCCGCCCUCAGGCCUCCCGGUGUCCGGGCAGGAAGAGGCCGAGAACGUUGGGGGCGCGAGUCACCACCCCGCGGCGUCCCCGAAGACUUCGAGCCGCGGCGCCGUCCACCGGGCCGAGCGGGAGGCUCGGGACUACGAGCCGGGCCGCGGAGGGACGCCGUCCGCGCCGGGGAGCCGCCGGGGGGCGCCGGGUCCGGAGCCCGACCCGCACGGGUCCUCUGGGUGCCAGGACCCUGAGCCGCCGGAGGACGAGCCUGCAUCCGAGAGGGGCUGCCGUCGAGGGAGCCCAGGAGGCAGCGGGAUGGAGGCUGAGCCGCGGGAGGAAGACGAGGAGGAGGAGGCGGCGGCGGCCGGCAGGGCUGGCCGCUCGUUCUCCAGCCGCCUUCAGGACAGCCGCAGCCUGGACGGGCUGAGCGGGGCGUGCGGCGGCGCCGGGUCGGCAGGGGGUGCCGAGCCUGGCGCGGGCGGCGGGCGCCGCGCCACCAUCUCCAGCCCCCUGGAGCUCGAGGGCACGGUGAGCCGCCAUGGCGACCUCACCCACUUCGUGGCCAACAACCUGCAACUCAAGAUUCGUCUGAGCGGCGCCCCUCAACCCCCGCCCCCUGCCCCGGCGCGGCCCUGUGCAAAGCCCGCGCCCACUCCGGCCAUCCCCCCCAUCGACCCCGACGUGCUGCGGGACCUGGAGCGGCUGAGUCGGGAGCUGGGCGGCAGGGUGGACCGUCUGCUGCGCGGGCUGGGUGGCGCGGUGCAGGAGCUGACCGCGCUGAGCGUGGGCUGCAUCCAGACCUACCGCGACGCCGUGGACUCCCUAGGCGAAGCGGUGGACAUGAGCAUCAAGGGCAUGUACACCCUGCUGGCGCGCUGUGAAGAGCUGGAGCGGGCUCUGCAGCCAGUUCAGGGGCUGGCGCGCCAAGUCCGGGAUAUCCGACGCACCCUGGAGGUGUUGGAGGCCUUGUGCAAGUGACCGGGAGGGCAGGAGUGGCCAAGCCAGGGCCCAGCAGGAUCCUAAGGUCUCUUCAAGGAGCCCUGGUGGGAACUGCCCGCUGAGGGGAGGCCUAUGUAUUGGAGGCUCUUCCAGACGCAUUUAGCAGGUCUGCGACCACUCGCUGGGCCUUAUUCAGGUGUAUAUGGGGGAAGUUCUGAAGCCUCUCCUGGUGGGAGGGGAUGAUGCUCUGCUUCUAUUAAGUUGGCCAUCUGUAGCGACCUUGUUCUCAACUCUCUUCUCCAGCGAGAGCACCAUCUCUGGGAACCCAGGGCUUUAGGUCUCGGCUUGGGAGACAGGACUGCCAUAUGCGGUCAAGAAAGGAGAACAGAAGAGGCUCCAGCCCCGACUGUGGCCACCCUGACUCCAUUGGCCACAUCUCAGGUGCCAGGGGCUGUGGGAGCUUGAGUGGUCCUUGGCCACAGGCCAUGCAGAGAAGGAUGCACACCUGCAGAUGGAUAACUCCCUGCUUCUUGCCCUCUGGCCCCCUACCAUCCCCCCUUCCCCAGCCAGAACUGGGGUGGAACUAGAAGGAAUGCAUUGCAUGGUAGAGGGGGUGAGGUGGGAGGGGUCUCACUGCUCUCAGGGUUCAGGCAGAAUUGUUGCUGGUUUUGAAGCCCACCUGUUGUGGAGUGUUCUAAUCAGUUUUGGCUUUCUGAGUUUUUGUGGAAUUAAAGUGCUGCUGCUAAGGCU